AUGAAGACUGCUCUAUUGCUCCUUGCCGCCCUAUCAUCGACUACUGCUUUUGUCGUCCCACAAGUGCCUGGUGCACGCCAUGGACUUGCCAGUCGGCGUCAGCUUGACACGGUGCGAUUCAUGACAGAACAAACCACUCUUGAAAAGAAAGAAACGUCACAGGAGAAGGUUGUCGCCGUCGAGGCCACAGAGAAGGCUGAGGCUGUCGCUGCAGUGGAGGACGAAAAGUCGGAAAUGUCGGAAUCGGAAAAGUUGUUGAAGCAAGUCAAGGAGGCUGGUACAGCUGGCAUCAUCUCCUAUGCCGCUUGGGAACUUGCCUUCUGGGCUGUAUCUGUACCAGUCUGUAUCAUUGGCUACCGUUCUGUUACUGGACACUUUCCUGAUUUCUCAAACAAGGAGGACCUAGCACAACUUGGAGCGGAAGCCUUUGCCUUUGUCAACUUUGCAAGGUUCGCGGUUCCACUUCGUAUUGGUUUGGCUUUGAGUACCACUGGUUGGGUGCAAGAGAACGUCGUCGAUCGAUUCAUGAAGAAGGAUGGAGAAGGAGAACAAGAAUCGUCGUAA